AUGGCCAACGCAUCUCAGAACCGCCGCUCCCAACCGCCGCCCGUCCAGUCGCAGCUCCCGCCCUACAUGGGCGAGAACCCAGACGAAUGGAGCCCUGCUACUAGAGAAGCAGCAGCAGGUGCCGGCGCAGGCGGCUACUCCCGCCGCCGCACAGAGCGCCACGCCCGCCGCCAGUCCUCCACGGGAAGCCGCGUCCCGGGAUCCUCGGAACCGCCCUCCUCCGUCCCCCAGAUGAGCGGCGGCGCGUCACCCCGCGGCCCCCCUCCGGCCCGGAAACAGCAGCCGCCGCAGCAGCCGCAGGUCCCGAACCCAGGCGGCCUUCGCCCGCCCUCUCCGCCCGGCGGCGGCCUCGGCGACGACAUCAGCCGCGUCCAGAGCCCCAGCAUCUCCAAGAGUGUGCUCGAGCCGCUGCAGCGCAAGAUGCUCGAGUACCAUAACCUCAUGGAGGACGCGCAGGGCCAGAUGGCGCAGUUCGACGAGGAGCUGCGCGUGCUGCAGGAGCGCCGGCGGCUCGCCGAGCAGCGCUUCGUCGAUGCCAAGACAAAGCAUGAUGAGUACGAGCGCCAGCACCUCGACGUCGAGAGGGCGUUGCGCGGGGAUUUCCACCCGCCGCAGCCGCAGCCUCAGGUCCAGCCGCAGCAUUCGCAGCAGCACAUGUACAACAACAGCCCGCCGAGGACGGCGCCCAGGCCGGCCUCGAGCAUCAUGAGCUACGACGAUCGGCCGAUGAGCGGGCACAGCUCGGUCCCUAGGAAGGGGAAGUUGCGGUUCAGUCUAUUUGGUAGAUAG